UCCAAUCGAAUUCAACCAUGGAAGCUACCUUGCUGGUCAUUUCCUCCAUAUCGCUUCUCUUUCUCCUCCUUUGGCUACACACAACUAGAAAACCAAGACAUCGGAAACUUCCGCCAAGCCCACCUGCACUUCCAUUUCUCGGUCAUCUCCAUCUUCUCAAACAACCCAUUCACCGAACUCUUCACAAUCUUUCUCAGAAAUAUGGUUCCAUCUUCUCUCUUCAAUUAGGAUCCUUCUCCGUCAUCGUUGUGUCGUCAACAUCAGCCGUCGAAGAAUGCUUCACCAAAAACGAUAUAGUUUUCGCCAAUCGCCCUCCACUCAUCAUGGGCAAGUAUCUAAACUACAACCACACCACCCUUGUCACUGCCCCCUACGGUGACCAUUGGCGCAACCUUCGCCGGAUAAGUGCUCUUGAAAUAUUUUCAACCAAUCGUCUCAACAAAUUUCUCGCCAUCCGAAGAGACGAGAUCAAGAUUUUUCUUGAGAAAAUCUAUCGAGUUUCCAGCCAAGAUUUUGCUAAGGUAGAGCUUAGACCAAUGCUUUCAGAACUAACAUUUAAUAUUAUUACACGAAUGAUUACAGGGAAGAGAUAUUGCAGCGGUGAAGAUGAAAACAAAACUGAUGAGGCAAGCCAGUUCAGAGAGAUUAUAAGGGAGAUAUUUAUAUAUGCAGAGGCUUCAUACCCAGGAGAUUUCUUGCCGAUAUUACAGUGGUUUGAUUAUCAAGGUUAUACGAAGAAAGUGAAGGAACUUGCUAAAAGAAAUGAUGAGUUGUUGCAAGGUCUCAUCGAUGGCCAUAGAAAUGAAAAGGGUAGAAAUUCAAUGAUCAGCCACUUGCUUUCUUUGCAGGAAUCGCAGCCGGAAUAUUAUACAGAUGAAAUUAUCAAAGGCCUUGUGGUGGAUAUUCUAUUUGGUGGCACUGAAACAUCAGCUCUUACAUUAGAAUGGGCAAUGUCAAGCCUGCUCAACAAUCCACAAGUGCUUGAGAAAGCUAAGAAAGAGUUAGCCAUUGAAGUUGGCCAGACAACCUUGAUGGAAGAAUCAGAUGUUUCGAAGUUGCCCUAUCUUCAGAGCAUCAUAUCAGAGACUCUUAGAUUAUAUCCAGCAGGUCCACUGCUUCUCCCACAUAUGUCACACAGAAACUGCACUCUUCAAGGAUACGACGUGCCAAGCAAUACAAUGCUAUUUGUUAAUGCAUGGGCUAUGCACAGGGACCCUCAGCUGUGGGAUGAUGCGGGAAAAUUUAGGCCUGAGAGGUUUGAAGGAGCUCAUGGUGAGCCCUACAGCUCCAAGUUCCUGCCGUUUGGCCUUGGCAGGAGGGCUUGUCCAGGAAUGGGCCUCGCAAAUAGGGUUGUAGGCUUCGCUUUGGGAUGUAUGAUUCAAUGCUUUGAAUGGAAGAGGGUAAACGAUGAAGAAAUUGACAUGACUGAAGGGAAUGGGCUCACCAUGCCUAAGGCUAAGCCACUGGAGGCCAUGUGCAAAGCAAGUGAUAUCAUGAAACUUUCAUCUUCUUUGUGAAGCAGACAGUUAUUAUUUUGUAUAAACUUUUUAUCUUUAUUGAAGUUAUUAUCUUC